GAAAAAGAUUCGUGAGUCAUUCGCAUCUCUCUGACUCUGAUUCUCUCUGCUUAGUUCUCCUCGUUCCUUCUCUCUCUCUCUUUAUAGCAUUUCUUCUCCAACAAUUCUUUUCGAGUUUUUACGGCCAUUGCUUCAGGUUCUAUCUUUCUCUAUAGGUUUGCAUGUUUUCUAUGCAAUCAUUUUCUGUAAUAUAGCUAUGUGUGUUUGCUUCUUCUUAGCUUUUCCGUUGAAUUUUAUCGAAACGCUAUAUGCUUUGUGGCCCUUAUUCACAUAAAAUUCAUACGAAAUGGAAAAGAGAAAAAGCAGAUACAAUUCUGGUCAUUGAUAAUUCAGCAUAUCAUGCAGCAAUCAAAUUUUAGAACAGAACAAGGGAGACAACAAAGUAGUUUGAUUAUUCUGGUGGCGUAUAGAUAAAUGUUGGUUGUCUGUGGUUUAGCAAGAUUACCAUGAGUCUGCAAAAUGUAUCAAAGUCGAGCAAUGCCCUUGAGGGUAUCCACGGGGUUCAUGUCACGUCUCAUUCUCCUUUCUCAUUUGAGAAGACAACUCAAGUUAGUGACUUUCAGACCAACACCAAAUCCUCUGUCAUGGAAUCAAAUCAAAGACUUUCCAUCGAACGUUUUUGGCAGCAAAGACCUCCAUGCUUAAGGCCAAUCUGUUGCAGCAUUCGCGGUGACCAGAGUGUCUUAGAAACAGCUGCUAAUGUGGCUACUUCACUUCCUUUCAUCUUCCUCGGAAUGCAGGCACCAAGGAAGAAUCUGAACACAAAGGUGUACGCAAACUCCCUAAUUGGAGUUGGAAUUGCGUCGAGUCUGUAUCAUGCCUCUAGGGGAAAGUUGAGGAAGUACCUGAGAUGGGUAGAUUACACAAUGAUAGCCACAACAACAAUAUGUCUCUCAAGGGCUCUAAGGAAUGAGAACCCAAAAUUUCUGAUGGCUGCAUCAGCUUUAGUUCUACCUUUUCAACCUCUCAUGGUCUCUGCCGUUCACACUGGAAUGAUGGAGGUCGCAUUUGCUAAAAGAAGCUUAAAGGAUCCAGAUCUCAAAACAGCUCAUAACGUACACAAGAUGUCUUCCUUGCUAGGAGGUGCUCUGUUCAUAGCUGAUGAUUUCUUCCCCGAGACACCUUUCCUUCACGCAGGCUGGCACCUCGCUGCAGCCAUUGGAGUUGGAACAUGCAAUAAACUUCUUGAGUAGAUCAUUUCCAAAAUUGCUAUUCUUAGAACAGUGAAACAAAUGGUUUCUCUGUUUCUCCUAAUCAGUCGACAUUACUAAGAAGCAUUUCUAGACUUAUAGUCAGUAAUCUCUAUGUAAGAAGUAGAUCAUCAUCAUUCCCAAACAAAAGAGAUUAUUGAAUU